CUUUCUGAAAAGAACGGCAGGGAUCUGAACGCAGCGUCCACCAAAACAUUGAUCGCCAUUUCCCUGGAUCCUCUGAUAACAUUUUUGUUAUUUCUUCUUCUUUCUCACCGUCUUCUGUCUAAAUGCGGGGAACCUUACUUCAAGUGUUACCGACCCUUGCCCGGCAGCGGGCAUUAGGGGGGGUCCAUCACAUAGCAGGAAGCUCAAGUUUAAGGGCGGCUUCAGUCAUCUCCAGUUCGAGCUCUCUUCAGGUGCAAAGACUUCAUACUGAGCAGAGAGUGUCGAGAAUUUCACCAUGCCAGUCAAAUAGAGAUAAAAGAUCUCUCUUGACUGCUACAAGUCAUAGUGUAGACCAGGUCUGCAGCUAUAAAAAUUUUGGCCACCAGCAACAGUAUACCCCCAGAAUUACAAGGAUAUAUUAUUUUAUAGUCGGUGUGAUGCUGUUUGCGACAGCUAUUAAUUGGAAAUGGGUCAAGAAGGUUUUCACUGUGGAUGCAGAGAGUGUUGCCGAAGCAGACAUGCCCAAUCAGGAAACGGAAGAUACUCCUGCUUCUGAAGAGGCUUCCGAGGGUUCACUCGAGUCAUCAUCUGAGGAGUCAGAGGACGAGGGGGAAGGCAAGAAGAAAAAGCGUGUGGGAUUCAGAGACAGAAAGAUCAUAGAGUACGAGAACAGAAUUCGGGCGUACUCGACCCCGGAUAAAAUUUUCCGCUACUUUGCUACUUGCAAGUUGAUUCAAAGGAGUCGCAGCAGUGAAAGGACAGAGAUAUACAUGACUCCCGAUGAUUUCCUGCGAGCGCUGACUCCGGGCAUGCAGCAGCCAGACGGACUUGGUUUGGACCAGUACAAGAAAUAUGACCCCAAGUCGGCAGAAGAGAACACAACCAAUAAACUAGAGCUUGCCUUGGACGAGGACUCCAUUUUCUACAAGCUCGGAAGUUCUGGCCUCAUCUCCUUCUCGGAUUUCAUCUUCCUGCUGACCGUCCUGUCCACUUCACGAAGACACUUUGAAAUCGCAUUCCGAAUGUUUGACUUGAACGGUGAUGGAGAUGUGGAUUACGAAGAGUUUGACAAGGUAGCAACCUUGAUCCGCAACCAGACAAGUAUUGGUGCUCGGCACAGAGAUCACGCCAACACUGGAAACACUUUUAAGGGUGUUAAUUCUGCACUCAGCACCUACUUCUUCGGCAUGGACCUGAAGGAGAAACUUACCAUUGAAAAAUUUCUUGAAUUCCAACAGCAACUCCAGCAGGAAAUUCUUAGUCUUGAGUUCCGCCGCAAAGGACCCAAUGAGGAUGGGCUUAUCCAGGAGGCAGACUUUGCGGAGCUGCU